AUGAUCGGCGUGAUGGGCAACCACCUGACCGAGACUCGCUUCCGCCGGGUGGACGACUAUUCGGUGGAAGGCUACGCCACGCUGCAGCAGGAUCGAAGUGUAGAGUUCACGUCCGGCGAGAUCACCCUGCUGAUUCCCGAAGUUGACGAGAUUCACCAAAUGGACAACUUUACUGACCGUCCUACGGUUGAAAUCCACGUUUACGGGAACGACCUGAGGGGUUUGAACCGGUGCCGAUAUAACCUGGAAACGGGCAAGAUAACCCCCUUCGUGACUGAAAAGUACGACAACUGUUAG